CUCAGAGCAUCUUCCUCUAAGAAGCUCCCAGCAGCCAAAACCCCUCAGCAGACCAGGAUCCAACUCUCCGGUCUCCUUCCAGGUCUCCGGCAUCGGCUCCUUCUUGAUCUGCUUCAGUGAUGGCUCUUCCAAAGUGGACUACCUCAGUUCUGUUGGCUUCCCUGAUCCUUCUCUUCUGGUCGACCUCUGCAUGGUCAGAUUCCUCCAUCAACCCAUCAGCUCUCACCAGGUUCAAGAGGGCUGAAGGCAAAGACAUAACUGAAAAAGCUCUUGCAGUCGUGACUAGUAGCCUGUCUGUUGUCAAAGAUGUCGUUGAUCUGCUUAAGAAAGACGAGACUAUCACGGUGUUGAAAGCCCUUAGUGACUUUGCUGCCCUGGCACCAGGCAUUGGCAGUGCCAUUGCCUCUAUCAUCAGUCUGAUCUUACUCUUCAUACCAGCCGAAGACAAAGUGAUGGACAAGUUUGCUGAGGUGAACAGGAAGCUGGACUCCAUCUCAAUCCAGAUCUCCAACCUUCAGACUGACGUGAAGGUUUACAACUACCUCAGUUCCUACUCUGACCAUGAAGCAACCAUCGUCACUGCCUGGAAAAAGCUCUUAGAGCUUUAUGACAAGAAAAAGUCUGACAAACAAAUGAAAUCAGAGACUGUCAAAUUUACCACUGACUACAAGAACAACCUAGUUCAGAAAAGUGUGGAAAACUUGUUCCAUUACCUGACAGUCGAAGGCAUAGCCAUGAGUGAGAACAUCAACAAAUUGUACAAAGAGAAGUAUAAAUGUCACAUUGGGCAGAUGGGUUUAUAUAGCUUGUAUUUAAGUGAUCUGAUGUUUAAGGGAAUGGUUCUGAAUCAGGCUUAUUUACAACUGACUGGUAAAAGUUCACCUAAUGACAAAACCAAAAUGAUUAAGGAUUUGAAGAAACUAUAUGAAAUUCAAAUAGACACAAUCCAUAGCUGCUUAAAGAAGGAAACGUAUAAUGAUCAGAUAAAGAAAGAUGUGAUGGAGCAGGCUAAAGGAAUUGAUGCUAAAAAGAAAAAAGACAUUGCUACAAAUGUGAAGCGUCAUCUUGACAAUAAGUACAGCUGGUACAACUGGGUGGUGGUGGUGUACGACACCAAAGAUGAGAAAAAGCACAAGAUAUUUGAGAUGACAAAGAUUCCCGCUGGUGCUGUGACUGUGGCUGUGACCUACACCCUGAAAUCAGAUCAGACCAAUGUGAAGUUUGUUCAAAAAGCAGCCCAGGAAUGCUUUGAGAAAAUUAAGUGCAAGAUUGAUGACAGAUUGAAAGAUUGUCAGAAUAUCUAUUUCAAAAGCGAAGGUGGCAGUGAUCGUCCAGUUAACAUUGUUUUGUCUGAAUAUGCUAAAGUAACAGAUAUGACAAAAAGUAAAAGUUUUGUAGAGCUCCCAGAACCAACAUUUCAAAUUAAAUGUAAAAAGAAUUUCCUUUCAAAGCGGAAUAGGAUUUCUGUGCACUACUCCGAGAAGUUAAUCAUCUGUAAUCCGGGCCCAUGUCAGAACAAGGGAGAGUGCGAGAGGCUGCUGGACUCCAACCAGUUCUGGUGCAAGUGCAAGGAUGGUUUCCAUGGAGAAAAAUGUGAGAAGAAAAUCGACACCGCCAAAAUUGACGAGAUGAUCAAGAACCUUCCCUCUACCAAGACUGCAAAGAAGUCAGGGUAGACCACUGAGGACCACUGGACCUCAGAACCCAGAAGUCCAACACACUGAUUCACAGAGAAGCUCAGACCGCCACCACGCCAACACUCUGAAAGUCCAUGAUCCGCAAUUAAACAGCAUAAUCAAAAUCUGUCUUAAAAUAUCACACAUGCUGAAACAACUAAACUACAUACUGUACUUCUAUUUUGGAUGUCAGUGUAUUUAGUAUUGACUCACUUUUAUAAUUCAGCUGAAAGAAAACAGGAUGGUUGGGUGAGUUUAUAAUUUUGUUUUACUUGUUAGAUAUUUAUGUUAAGUCCAAGUGUAUCAUGAUCUAAAGGUUUUAAAGGCUGAUAUUAGUUCAUACCUGACUAAAGGUUAUAUUAGAGGAAAAUUCAAAGAUUGCUCCUGUGUGUUGGUGUAGUAAUAUUCAUUCAAUAUUUAUUUUGGGACGUUUCUUCCCAGUUUCAGCUGUUUUAUAUGAUCGAUUGGUUGAAAGAUUGGAAGAUUGGUUAAUGGCACACUUUCAGGCUCUAAUUGGGUUGAAUUGGAAUGUAUUUAAUUGGACAACAUUGAGUUUUAUUGACUUUUUUUGUAAAGUGCUCUGAGGUGACUUUUUGUUAACUGGUGUCAUACAAAUAAACUGGACUGAAUUUAAAUGAAGUUGAUUGACUUGAUGAUUUCUGAUACUGUAGCUCAGAUAACCAGCAGACAGAAAUAUAACAGGGUUAUCAAUAUCUGGAGUCAUAUUUGACAAGAUAAAACAGCUGGAUCUGAUUUAAUAAACUAUUUUAAUCCCUUAAAGGCUCAGUGUGUAAUUGAGGACAGGUGGAGG